AUGGAGGAUAGUGACAAAUUUCUGAAGACAGCCACAGUUGAGCAGGAUGUCCCAAACACUUCGUGGUUGAGAGUGCCAGACCAUGUACCAGAGGAACUUCGAGAACCAUUUUACACAGACCAGUACGAACAGGAACACAUUAAGCCACCUGUUGUCAACUUGCUUCUUUCUGCUGAGCUGUACUGUCGUGCUGGGAGCCUGAUCUUGAAGAGUGACGCUGCCAAACCACUGCUGGGUCAUGAUGCAGUUGUACAGGCUCUCGCACAGAAAGGUCUUUAUGUCACAGAACAGGAGAAGCUAGUGACAGAGAGAGAUCUUCGCAAGAAACCUAUUCAAAUGACUGCCCACCUGGCUAUGAUUGACACCCUGAUGAUGGCGUAUACUGUGGAAAUGAUCAGCAUCGGAAAAGUGGUCUCGUGUGUCCAGCAGUUCACAAACUUCUUCCCAGCUACAGAGCUACCAUAUGACAUUGAAGAUGCCAUUGUCUGCUGGAUAAAUAAGGUAAAUGAACAUUUGAAGGAGAUAGUUGGUCAGGAACAGAAACAAAGGCGACCACAAGGGGCAGAAACAUCUGGAAGUCAAAGGUCUCCUACCAAAUGGUAUUGGAAACUGGUUCCUGCUCGUUACAGGAAAGAUCAAAUGGUACCUAAACAGCUGCCCUGCAUCUCACCAGUCGAAAAUCUGUUGAAGGACACCACAGAUGGUUGUGCAUUAGCUGCAUUGAUUCAUUUUUACUGUCCCGAUAUUAUCCGAAUGGAAGAUAUAUGUUUGAAAGAGACCAUGUCAUUGGCUGAUGGUCUGUAUAAUCUGCAGUUGAUUCAGGACUUCUGUGAAGAUUAUUUAAACCAGUGCUGCCAUUUUUUACUUGAAGAUAUGCUCUAUGCUUCUUCAUCGAUUAAGAAUAACUACCUAGUAUUUAUGGCAGAGUUGUUCUGGUGGUUUGAAGUGGUGAAGCCCCCAUUUGUGCAGCCUAGACUGCUGCCUCAAGUUGAAGCUGAACCACUCCAUCCAAUAAGGAAUAUCCCUGCUGCUUUCCCAAUUUCAAAUGCUACCAGAAAAAGUUUCACGGAUACUUUUCCCAACUCUGAUUUUGGAUGCGGCAAAGUGAGUCCAACGUUUUCACCAUCACAGCCACUCCUGCCCUUGCGACAUACUCAGCACCGUCCCCAUUCAUCUGACUCAGGAAUGCGUCGAUCCACGUCAAUGUCUUAUGUAGAGGGAUAUGCAGGAACCUGGCCCGAAAAGAAACCAAGAGCCUUUCCCCAAGCUGUUUCUUUCAAUAUUCCCUUCGAUUCAGACAACAACAUUGAUGCAUCCACUACAAAUAACCGGACAAUAAUUAGGUCAAUUAGUAAUGACAGUUUGAUUUCAAACAUCAACAAUACUCCCAAACAUUUAGUGAGAAGUGAAUCCUUACAGCCAAUAAAUGGACAAAGCAAUGGAAUAGAAGAAGAACCUCUUUCUAAUCACAGUCAUGAGAAACCAGCUAAAGGUUCCACAAGGAGGUCUGGUUCAGCAAAUGAUACUCUGAGGAAACAAUCCAUGCGAGGUAUAGUGUCAAAUGGGCCAAAGGAAACUAGUUUAGAAAUCCCACCAAGUAUUGAAGAAGCUCUACAGAUAAUUCAUGAUGUAGACAAACUCUGCCCAGAUCUUCAAUCUGAUCAAGUAGCUGAUGGUUUUUUCCUGCAUGUUAACAAUGCCAGUGACAUCCCCGUAAAGCCCAAAAUGAAUCAAACAAGCAGCCUAGAUUCCAUUGCAGAGCUUAAAUGUGCAACAAGCCCUUUGACUGAUAAUACUGAGGUAGACACAGGGAUCCAUGUCCCAUCUGAAGAUAUUCAAGAAACAAUAGAUGAAGACUUUUCCUUUAGAGAUUACACAGUGAGUAUGGAUUCUGAUAUGGAAGACUCUUCUAAACCUCAAGACUCUGAUCUAAGAUGUGAUGAUCAUAGUGAUAUGUUGACUCCAGGCUCAAACUCAUUGAAUGCUGUAUUGCAGGCUGGAAAUAGCAUCUCUCCGGGUUCUGCAAUUAAAAUGACCAGUUUUGCUGAACAAAAAUUCAAAAAGCUGAAUGUCUCGGAUGCUAGGUUGAGCAGUAGUAGUUCCCAAAAGACUAGCCCAGAAAGUUCAGAGCUUAACACUCCAGGCAUGGUUUCUAAUAGUCGGAUACCAGAGCUGAGUCCGAGCAGACAAAUCAGAGAUCCUGCUCAGUUGUUGGCAUCUGAAGUGAUUCAGCUUAAAAUGAAAUUAGAAGAAAAGCGACGAGCCAUUGAAGCACAGAAGAAGAGAGUUGAAGCUGCUUUUACAAAGCAAAGACAAAAAAUGGGUAGGACAGCAUUUUUGAAUGUUGUGAAAAAGAAAGGUGAUGGGAGCUCUCUGUUAAAUGAGGAACCUGGUGGUGAUCAUGGAGAUAGAUUGAUACGUGAGAGAAAAUUGUUGCAAACAGGCAGCAUUGAGGAAAACGAUGAAUUAACACCUGAGAUGAUUGCAAUUAAUGGUAACGCAACAGAUAGUGGUAAACGGGGCCUUCAAUCCCCCACGUCUGCAGCCCAAUCAGAAAAACAAGUUUCCUGGAAUUUAAGUAACACUGCUGACGAGGUUUUAGGAGAUGUUGAUGUCAUUGAGUACAACCGAUUAAUUGAAAAAAUGAAUACAGCUUUGCAUGCGCUACAACAGGAGAUGCAACGCUUGGCAAACCAGCAGGAAUUAAUAAUGCAAAUGAGGGAACAACAACAAACAUGGGUAAUCUCUCCUCCUCAACCUUCACCACAAAAGCAAAUCCGAGAAGUUCGAUCAUCUUCAAGAUCAACAGGGUCAUUAUCCCCUUCCCUAUCCUCUUCUGGUGAAUCACCUCGCUCUACACAACGAUCUCCUCAGACUUCACACAGAAGGUCCUCCUAUUCUCAUGUUAAAAACUCAAAAUCAAGGCCAAAUGAAUUGAAGAUAACACCAUUAAACCGUGUCCUCACCGCUCCACGUUCUGUUGAUAGCCUUCCUCAUCUUAGAAAGUUCUCUCCCAGCCAGUUCCAGACCAAAUCAUUUCUUUUUCUUGAAGAUGAUACACCUGAUGAUUCCUCAAAAGGAGGGUAUGUGAAAUUAACUCAUGAGGAAAUAGAGCCUGAGAUGGAGGAGAAUAAACAGAUAAAUGAAAAGCCCUUGGAAAUGGAGAAAGUGGACCAUGUGCCGCCUGUUGAACCGCAAGAUUCACCAUUGCCCACAGCGUCCACAGAAAAGUCUGCCUCUCUUCUGGAGAGUCCUGUUAAAAAGAAAUAUCCUGUUGACCAAAGCACAAAGGCAAGCUUAAUUGAGGUUUCCCUUUCAGACCUAAAGCUUUCAGAGGAGGAAGUGGAAAUGGAUGAGGCAAAUGAUGGUGAUACUGAAAAGGAGCAGUUUGAAGAACAAAAGUUGUGUUGUGGAUUUUUCUUUAAAGAUGAUCAGAAAGCUGAAGAAAUUGCUAUGAAACGUGCGGCCCUCUUGGAAAAACGUAUGAGGAGGGAGAAGGAGAAACAGAUGAGACGACAGCAACUGGAAGCAGAGAUGGAAGAGAAGAAGGAAGAAGCCAGACUCAAAGCUGAAGAAGAGCGACAAAAGAAAGAAGAUGAACGAUCGCGCAGAGAAUUCAUUAAACAGGAAUACCUAAGAAAAAAACAACUGAAACUAAUGAAAGACAUGGAUAGUGUGAUAAAGCCUCGUCCCACCAGUCUGAAACUGAAAAAGGCUCGUCCAAAGUCUUUCCGAGAAGAUGGAUCAAACCCAAAUGUCAGGUCAUCAGCAGUGUCCUGUUUAUCUUUGGCAUCAUUGAACACGGCAGAUGCUGUCAGUGUACAUUCAGGAAGAAAAACUCCCAGGACAGAAUCAGUUGAUGGAUUUAUGUCACCAAGUUGUUCUGUCAAUCGCAAUGGUGAGAAAGACUGGGAGAAUGACUCAACAACUUCCUCAGUGGCUUCUGCAACAGAGUACACAGGACCAAAGUUAUACAAGGAACCAAGCGCAAAAUCUAACAAGCAUAUAAUUCAGAAUGCAAUCUCGCACUGCUGUUUAGCUGGAAAAGUCAAUGAGAAUCAGAAGAAUAAAAUACUCGCGGAAAUGGAGAAUUCCGAAGCCAAUAACUUUUUGAUCCUUUUCCGCGAUGCUGGUUGCCAAUUCCGUUCACUCUAUACCUACAGUCCAGAAACUGAAGAAAUUACUAAAUUGGCAGGAAUAGGGCCUAAAAACAUAGGAAAGAAAAUGAUUGAGGGACUCUACAAGUACAACUCUGACCGAAAGCAGUUUAGUCGCAUUCCUGCCAAAUCAUUAUCUGCCUGUGUGGACGCAAUUAUCAUCCAUGGCUACCUGUGGCAGUACAAAAGACCCAAUACACCGAAAAAGCUCACCCCAACACGGUCGUAGUAAGGAGAGCCUAACGAAAACAUUUAAUGUCAUUAAACAAUUGCACUUCAUCGUAACCGCCUAAGGAGAAGGGGUUUUCUAGUUGCCGAGAGCAAUUCUUAUGUUUGUAGAUUUGAUAAUGUAUCUAGUAUGUACAACAAUUGAAAACUGGACACCAAACUCUGCUUUCAUUAUGCACAACUGGAAUGUAUGUGUUAAGAGGCAUUGAAGGAUGUCACUGUUGCAAUUAGAGGUAAAACUAUUAAUUGUGAAGUGAUUUUACUUUGAUCAUGCUUGUAGUUUUCUAUUUGCUAAUUAAUGUGACAUCAAUACCAUAACUUAUUGUUUGGUACACUGGAGCAUCUAAAUGUUACAUACUUAAACUAGCAAGUAAUAUUUUUGCCUUAGUCACAUUUUUCAUGUUUUUACAACUGUCAUAAGAUUCUGUUUAUGCUAUAUUUUAAAGGUUAGGUGUUUUAUAUGCAUUCAACGUUCCACAGUAUUAGCCAUAUCUGCAUAAAGGGGCUGAUGAUGGCUGACUAGUCCAAAUGGGUGCUACGGUAAAGUGAUUCACUUUAAUUAAAGCUACAGUCCUGGUACCAUUAUUUUCCAGACUAUCUACUGGAAGCAGGUUUUGUACUAGUACUGUCAGUUAACUCAAAAGAAAUGUUUAGUUCAGUGUUCUAAGCACAGCAUCAUUGGCACGGUUGAGAUGUUUUUAAACCUAAUGGUAAGAAAACUUUAAUCUAUGCUGGCAAUCCUAGUGUUACAGCUGAGUACACUACUAAUGUGUGCAACAUAAACCUCACUAGUAAAUGAUCUUGCCUGUAAUUUCUGCUGUUUAACUUGAUGUUCUCUUAAUAGGUACAGUGUGCCUUCACAUCAAGAAAGAAUAGUGAUAGCAAUAGUGUUGUGUUUGGUGAGUGGAUAUAGAGACCAAAUUCUGACAACAUGUCAGUCGUAGUGAAACUAGACAAUGAAACAAGGACGUUGACUGAAAACAAUUAUGAAAUUGGAAAGGAACAAGAUUUUUAAAGUCAUUUUAAUUCUGUGGUUAGUUUAGUGAUCCAUAUGUGUCUGUUUUGACCAGCAUGAAAUUUAAACAACUAGAAAAGCAUAAUUGACAUUCCAUUUUUUUAAGGAGUCAUUCCAUUUGUGAAUAAAGUGCAAGUUUAUCUUUGUCAAGGUGCAGUGCUCCUGCUUAUUUAAACAUGUUGGAGAAAUAAAGCAGUAUUCAGACAAUUCUA